AUGGCAGACAUGGCCAGCGAAGACGAGCGCGAGCGUCUCAAAGCCGCGCUCUGGUUCGCAGUCGGCAAGAUUGUUGACGAGGAGUCCAUCAAGCAGGACUGUAAUGCCACGCCGCAAUUUAUCGGUGCGCUGACCGAGAUGGUGUGGGCCCAGAUUGAAUCCGUUGCCGGCGACUUGGAAAGCUUCAGCCGGCAUGCACGGAGGACCACGGUGACCACGGAUGAUGUGGUGUUACUGGCACGAAAGAACCCUGAUCUGCUGGAUAUUGUUCGCGGUUUUGUCGACCAGAAGAAGGCAGACAAGCAGAUUAAGGGCAAGAGUAAAGAAAAGCGGUGA